UGAGCCUCCGCUUCGGCGGCGCGAACGGCAGGGUCUUCUCGGCGGCGGCGCUUAGCCUCUGCUUCGGCGACGCGUACUCCUGGAUCAUCUCGACGGCGGCGACGAAAAUCGUCGCAUCUGGAAACCUUGGCUCCUCGGCUUGCCUAUUUAAGAAGGCAACAUUCUUCUGACGCUCUGCAGUCGGCGGUGAUUCGAACGGCCCAACACUGAUGCUCUCUAUUCCAUCAGCGGCGUCCAGAGGAGAAAUCCAUCUGCUGAGACGUAUCCUAUUUCGCUUCCUUGCUGCUCCGAGAUGCGACCGCUCGUAUAUAUAAAGGCCCGCGAACACCAACAUUCAACCGACCUAUAUUCGAGGUGUUGGCUCAAGACAGUAGCCCCAUUUCCCGACGAGGUGAUAUGAAGGUGCUUGCGAUCGCUCUAAUCUUCACGCUGGUGUCUGCCAUUCUCGCCACCGCUUCUCUCAAUGAAGACAAAAGUGAAGUCGCCCACUUGAGAGUUCGACGAUGGGGAUUUGGCUGUCCGUUCAACCAGCGCGCAUGCCACCGCCACUGCCGCAGCAUUCGGCGCCGGGCUGGUUAUUGCGGCGGCAGGUUCAAGCUGACCUGCAUCUGCGUGCGUCGCUAACGAACUGCGCGAGACCACACAUGGAAUGAGGCCGAGCGACUAUAAGAGUGCCGCUUCUAUAUAUACCGACAUAUUUAUCUGUGACAGCUGGAAAGUGGUCAACACACGGAGUUUUCAGCUGAAACCCAUCUGUGCGCCUUGUGAAUAUUAACAAUAAACGAGAGUG